GAAUUCUUUAGCGAAAUCAGAAUACGGCACAGGAUGAAUAUUUUUAACGGUAACAGUUUCUAUAUCCAUGGACUGGAGGCCUAAACAUACAGGCAUAUAGGAUAAAUAAAUUAUUUAAAUAUCCUGCUAUUGCCGAUAAUGUCCGCGUGGGCCUCUCCGCCCUCCACUUGACCUCGUUAGCAGGAUAUAAGACAGGGAUACACAACAAGGACCGAUCCAUUUCAGGAUUUUGUGGCAACGCGUGCUCAUAAUUAUUUAAUUAUUUCGAUCAUCUCUUGAUCUGACAUUUGUCCACCAGCUUCAGCCGCAGAGGUAAAAACUAACGGGUUCUGUGUACGACGCUGCAACUACUGCAAGAGUCGUUCUCCACAGUCCACCUACCAACAUAGCUAAUUUCCACAGUUUGGCUAUAUUAUAAGAACCAAGCUUUUCCAAAAUAUUUAGCCAUGGGGUCUACAUUAUAAAUGUUACAGAUAAAGGAAAUACAUUUACAUUUAGUCAAAUUUGUAAUAACAUUCAGACAUUCGCAAAUAAAAAUGUAUACCUGCUCGGAUGCUUUGGGAAAUUUUCAUCAUCAUUCAUCAUCGUGGGAAUUAGGCUACGCAACCGACCAUUGCCCUUGUGCUGAUGUGCUUGGGAAAGAAGCUGUACCUGUAUCAGGUGUCUGUCCCCAUGCAAUUCACUCAUUCAAACACAUCGUGUCUCGAGUGGAGUCAGUGCGCUUCUGCAAGCCUAGCACCGGGAUCAUACUGAACAAUGGAGAAGCUCAAGAUUUGGAUUAAGCCAGAAGUACGAAGAUGGUAAUAACGGCAUCAACCCAGAACUGGGCCACUUGAGGGAAAACAGUUUUAAUAAGAUUUAUACUGAUAAAUUGUGUUUACUGAAGGGUCUCAACUGGAUGCCAUGGCUAGCAAUUGGUGUCAUUCAUCAUUGAAGACACACAUCUUUAUAAUAGCUCUAUUUAUUUUUUACAUUACAUCGUGUAAUAUAUUUUGUAUUCAGAUUUUUAUUGCCAUAAAUAUCAACAGUAUACAUUUUGUGAAUAUUUAUUUGGUAACAAUUCAUCAUAAAGGUUGUUUGAUGACGAUGCCAUUAUUGGUUUAAUCAAAUGUUUACCUUAAAUUUUUUGCAUACUUUUUCAUACAUUGCCAACCUUUGUUUGUCCUUCAGGUUGAGAAAAGAGAUUGCCGGCUUGCCCUGCCAGCUACCCUGAUGUAUUGAGUUCCCUGGCUGACCCCCCCAGUACCUGGGGAGAUGCUGGCAUUGGCAACCCCUGCUCGAGAGUUACAAACAGAGAGUCAUCAGAAAGCUGCAUGUUCAGAAAAGGACUUCACUUCUUUUAAACGUAUCGGACUCAACAAGUUCAUAGGGUUUUACCACGGCUACUCUGCGGUGGUCAGACCGGUAAACAUGCUUGACUUUCUCCCUCUGUUGUCAUUGUCUCCUUGACAUUUGAUCCAGCGCCUUUCUGGAAGAAGAGAAGAGGAGAGGAGACGGAUCUUUUCCCCGGGGGAGUCACUUUUGUCAAGUGGUGAAAAUGAAGCCUCUGGAAACACAGCUGAUCAGUGAGAUCUCUGAGCUGCAGAGCAUGGUGUCAGAGCUAAAGGUGGGAUUCUCCAGCGCCCUGCUGGAGCUGAGCCACAUCCAGCAGGAAGACGCCCGCCUUCGGGAACACCUGGAGCACGCCAAGCAGCACUGUGACCGGGAGGCCCUCCAGCUCCGGGCCCUGGUGGACUCUCUGAAGACAGACUUGCAAGAGGUGCGCUACCAGGUUUGCCAACUCCACAAGGACCAGCGGAAGCCACAGCAAGCAGAUGGGGGGACAGUCUCGGGGUCGACACAAACACAGAGAAGCAGCUGUGCUUGCCAAGCCUGUGGAGGGUCACAGAUUGACAGCCCAGCCCCGCCCCUCUCACAGCCUGCCAGCCUCCUCCUCCACUGCUACCUGCAGGGGCUCCGGGCGGGGCUAAGCCCAGGCACAGAAACUCCUGUAAGCACUCAGGCAUCGCCCAGACAGGCUGGAGCGCCUCAUGUCCUCAUGACCCCCUGUAACACUAACCUCCUGCAGGACCCCACUUUUGAGGGCCAGAGGCAACAGGUGGUCUUGAACCUGUUCCACUCCGAGCAGGAAUACCUGUCAACCCUCUUCCAGCUUUGCGACAAGUACAAAAUGCUGUCUGCUCUGCCAAAGAACCAGGGGACAUGUCAGAUGUUUGUUAAUUACCUGGAGCAGCUGUCACAGCACAGCUUGCUGUUCAGAAAUGCCCUGGAGGACCGUCUGCACUGCAAACACUGGCAGGGCCUCGUGGGCGACGUGUUUGCCAGACUCACUUGCCAAAAUGAGGGUACAUUUAUGGGUAUAUACCUUGGAUAUGUGAGGAUGCUCCCUAUAGCGCUUUCACAUUUUCACCAAUCAAAUGGUAUAGUACGUAGCCCCCAGGACGGUCCACAGGAGAGAGAGGCACUGCAGGUUACACAGCUCCUAGCGCCUGUGACUCGGAUCCACAGCUACCUGACUCAUAUGCAGGAUCUGCUUCAGUGGACGGGCAGAGACCACCCUGACCACUAUUUGCUCCAAGUGAGCAAAAGAGCGCUACGUAACUUCCUGAACCAGUGUCAUGUGAUCCUGGAGCAGGGAGGCCUGCAGGGCGACAGGGAGGAGGCCCCAUGCAGCAGCCCUGCCCCUCCCUUGAGUACUCUCUCCCCCUCCUGUCAGCACAAUACCGGAAGCAAAACCCUCACUCCCAGUGAGCACUGCGAGCCAGCCGGCGCAACAAACAGAAGUGAGCCAGAGAAAAAUUCUCUCGGUGCAAACAGCUUCCCAGCCUCGAAUCACUCAGGGAUCCGUUGUCCAAACCUGCAGGUCUCAGCGAGGAGGAGCCGUGGCCAAGGCCGGGCUCCAAACCCCGUUCCCUCUCUGCACCUCCUCCUGGGUUCCGGCUGCCAUGGAGACGGGAGGGUCCUCCGGGGCGCGGCAGACCCGGGCGGGGAGGAGGGAGGGAGCAGCCCAGCACGGGCCCCUCCUCCUCCUGGAGCCGGAGCCCGGGGCCCUGGAGCUCACCACACCAGGGGGAGCUUCGAGGACUGCGACACAGACCUGGACGAUUUGGGAGACACCUCUGUCUUCGACUACUCCUCGGUGACGUCGUGCAGCCCCGACGGCACCCUGCAGAUGAGGGAACGGGAGGCUGCGGAGGAGGACGAAGAGGAGGAAGAGGACGAAGAAGAGGAAGAAGAGGACAGCCAGGUGCCUGUACUUCUGAAGCCCACGGAAGCGGAUGCUCGGCCGGCUCAAAGGACUGUGCUGGGAGAGGGCUCUGUGUGUCUGGGGGUGCAGGUCCCAAGGGCGCCCCCUCACCCCCCUCCUGGGAAGCCCUGGACCCCCCACGCAGGCCACCCUGGGACAGGAACCACACAGGGGAACGGGGUCAGCGCCUCACCGAACAUCUCCCCACCACAGCCGCCACCCCCCCGGCCUUUCAGACCAGCCUGCCCAUCCUCCUUUGAGCAGAGAGAAACUACUUCAAGAGAACACAAAGUGGCCCAUAGCGUAACUGCAAACCCUGGAAGACUAGACAGAGGUGGCCUGAGGUCGUUGCUGGGCGUGGCAUUCAUCAGAGCGCGACGUAGCAGCCCACAGGUAACAGGUAACACAGGUGCGUGGGAGGACAGUGAGGACAGUGAUGGUCCCUGCAGCACUGUGUGACUGUAUGGCCUGCCCCACAGUGGCACUCUGCUGCCCCCUACAGACUCAUCAGUGCCUGCAAUGCAGGCAGAACACAGAUGCUACUGAUGUUCCAGUGAGUUGCUGUGUCAGCACUGCCCCCCUGGCACCCAUUCAAGAUGGACUCGGAUCUGUUAAAUACUCCAAAUGCCUAAACUCCAGAUGUUUUAAAAAAAAAAAAAAAAAUGAAAAAAAACCUGAGCUGCAAUAAGGGAGAAAGAGGAACAUUGGAAAUAAAGGAAAACAAAUCCAUCAUUAGUACAAAAUAAGACUGGGGUGAUUUAUUAAUCUCAUUAAGAACAUUAAUACAAAGCACAGUUAAAAGGUCAAAGACCAUCAAAUGAAUCAUGUGUGACAUCUGCUGCAGGACAACAAAAGGCUGCUACAGUCCGACCAGGGUUCGGAUCCGGAAAGUUCCGCGGGGAGGCAGGCACGUACGUCUGUAUUGGGUUCAUGUCAGGUCAUACCGUGGGGGUUUCGGAGCUGGAGGCCCCGUCUGACACCCUUGACGUACAGUAAACUGGAGCUGCAUCACGGAUUCAGCUGAAGAAAAGGCAUCGCUUCCUGAAGGCCACCGUGUGAGGCGUGAUGCUGAGUGAUGUCAUAACAGCGGUCACUGGAGGAGGUCCUGGGGGUGGGAGGAGCCUCUGCUCCCCAACACUGGCAUAUCUGAGCAGCCCAGGAGUACACGCCAGCGGGUUCUAGAACAUCCCCUCACUCAGAAUGUUGGGGAAUACAUACCAGCGGGUUCUAGAACAUCCCCCGACUCAGAAUGUUGGGGAAUACACAGGAAUACAAGCCGGCGAGUUCUAGAACAUCCCCCACUCAGAAUGUUGGGGAAUACACAGGAAUACAUGCCAGCGGGUUCUAGAACAUCCCCCACCCAGAAUGUUGGGGAAUACACAGGAAUACACGCCAGUGGGUUCUAGAACAUCCCCCACUCAGAAUGUUGGGGAAUACACAGGAAUACACGCCAGCGGGUUCUAGAACAGCCCCCACCCAGAAUGUUGGGGGAAUACACAGGAACACACGCCAAUGGGUUCUAGAACAUCCCCCCACUCAGAAUGUUGGGGAAUACACAGGAAUACACGCCAGCGGGUUCUAGAACAUUCCCCACCUAGAAUGUUGGGGAAUACACAGAAAUGCACACCACUGGGUUCUAGAACAUUCCCAACACUGAAUGUUGGGCCACAGUGUCAAAUCGGUUCGGUUCUGUACCUCCCACAAAAACACAGAAACCCUGCCCCCUUAACCAGAAGGACUGAUUAAAGUGUUGGGGGAAACGGGACCGUCUUUUCCCACACUGCUCGGCCACCUGCUUGGUAACAUCAUCUGUAGCGGGGAUUGUCAAUAGAGGGAUUUGUGACACACAGUACUGUGCUCCUAACACUGUAGCAGCAUUGGAUUGCUAAACAGGAAACAUCUUUGAAAUAUCAAGAGGCAGAUGGGGAGGGGGGGAGGCAUUAUACAACAGACAUAGAAGCCACUUUAUACAGAUUACUUAGUUAGUGUAUAGAUGCUAUAUACACAUUAUCCACAAACCUGUACAUUUGUAUGUGUAGCUUUGUUCUCAGCAUUUAUAUAGGCAACUGAUUUCUUUUCUUAAGCAUUUUGGAGACCUUUCACACUUACUCUGUAAAAUAGAAAACAAAAUAAAAAGGCACAUCUGAAUAUGAUGCAAGAGUUAUCUGUUCAUUAAAAUAAAAAUCCCCUUAUUUCAUUGAGGAAAACCACACUCGGGUUAGAAGAUUC